AAGGAUAGUUACAGUUACAAUACAAUAUACUCUAAUUUUGAGGUUAUGAUAAGAAGUUGUAAUUUUUUGGCAAUUUUAAUCUGUUUCAGAGUUUAAUAUUUUUAACGAUAUGAUAAUUAGAAUAUACAAAAUUUUCAAUAUUAUAAGUUUAAUACUUUGUAUAUAUCAGCAUUACUGCAGUGCCAAUGAUGUAUUAGGUUGUAAUGGAUUUGUCAAGAGUACUGUUGGAGAAAUUGACUUUUCCAAAGUGGAAGUUAAAAUGUUUACUAAACAAGGAAGUUUAAAAGAUCAAACUGAAUGUGCACCAAACAAUGGUUAUUAUUUUCUGCCUCUUUAUGAUAAAGGGGAAUAUAUUUUAAAAGUAGCACCUCCCUUGGGUUGGAACUUUGAGCCUGCGGAGGUUACUAUAAAUGUGGAUGGGGAGACUGACUCCUGCAGCUUAGGCAUUGACAUCAACUUUGUCCUUCAAGGGUUUGCAGUAACUGGACAAGUGGCCAGUUUUGGCGACUCAAUUGGACCUAAAGGAGUGGUUGUGAACCUCUUGUCCACAAGUGCCAAGCCAGAAGUGCUGCUGUCUACCACUACUCAAGUAGGGGGAGGGUUUCUGUUGACACCAGUCAAACCAGGCCAAUACAAUAUUGAGAUAUCACACGAGAGGUGGCAUCUAGCGAAGAAACACACUCCUGUGACAGUCAAGAAUGGGAAUACAGAGGUGGCAGCCAAUAGCUUGGUUGUGUCAGGGUACGAUGUCUCAGGCAGCGUCACCAGUGACAGUGAGCCUAUCAUGGGGGUCAGCUUUGUUUUAUUCCAACAAGCUAAAGCCAAGCGGUUUCCUACUGUUGGAUGCGACUCUUCGGCCUUGACUGGUUUCUCGCCAACAGGGUUGGAUUUGAAGGAGCUCAUCCCAAUCUGUCAUGUGGCGUCUGAUGCCAAAGGUCGUUUCAUAUUCCCUAGUCUUCCCUCCGGCACCUACACCGUCGUCCCUCACUACAAGGGGAUGCACAGCAUAAAGUUCGACGUCCAGCCUCAACACUUGGCAUUUAAAGUGGAACAUGACAGUUUAGAGUUGCCAAUGGUGUUUCAGGUGAAGGGAUUCAGCGUGGAGGGGCGAGUGCUGUGGAGCCCUGGUGGUAAGCCACUGGAGGGGGCAACGGUCAUGCUCAACGAGAAACUUGUGUCUAAAACUGGGGCUGAUGGAACUUUCUACUUGGACAGCAUGACUCCUGGAAUAUACAAAUUGCUUAUUCAAGCCAAGGAUGUCGAGUUUAAGGAGCAGAAUGUGAAAGUGACGCCAAACACACCUCAUAUUGGAGACCUGGUACCCACGACAUAUCGUGUGUGUGGUCGGGUGACAGUGUCACAGCCUGGCUUCUCCCCUGCCAGUCGCCAGGUGGAUCUGAUCCACUCAACCAGUGAGGACUAUUACGGCACCAUCUCUGAUGCAACUGGAGGGUUUUGUGUAUUUGUACGCCCUGGAGAGUACACUAUCAGUCUGCAUGUCACUGACGCCGAGCAUGAGGAUGGGCUUCAGUUCGCACCUCUGAAGAGAAAAGUAAAGGUGGUGGAUAGCCCUGUGUCAGGAAUAGACUUCUCUCAAUUACAAGCCACUGUAAAGGGAUCCAUCAAAUGUUUGACGUCUCCAUGUCCUGAAAUUUUGGUUACCCUCCAAGCACUGAGUAACCUCUGGGUGAAUGAAUUGGUCUCUGUGUUAUCCAAAGAUGGCCAUUACCAGUUGGAUAAAGUGUUACCGGGAGAGUAUACAGUGUCAGUGCCCAGCGAAGACUGGUGCUGGCAGACUAGUAAGUUCCGGCUCACAGUCUCCACAGAGCAAGUCAUUGGCCCCACCUUCGUCCAGACUGGUUUACCCAUCAACUUUGUCUCCUCACAUGUUACAAAGGUGAAGUACAGCCUGGAGACCAAUGGGACACAGGCAGGCAGCAGCAGCACAGUAGACCUAGCAGUGGGCAGCAGUCGGGUGUGUGUGAGCCGACCUGGCGUGUACGUGCUGGAGCCUGUUGGAUGUCAUGGCUAUGCCAGUCCAAGUAUACGUUGGAGUGGUGGAGUCGUCACUCUAACUGCAGUCUCACACCUCUACACUGGUCGUGUUCUGUCCUCUGAGACAGUCUCUGAUCUCAUCAUCAACGUCUUACCUUCAGACGAGAAUAGCUCCACACCAUCCAGUGUGCGACGGCUUGGUCCAUUAACGGCUGGAAGUGCGAGCAGUGGGGACGCCAAGGUAGAGUACACAUUCAGCACACAGUUGGCUCCUGGGGAGACCGUAACUCUGGUGCCGGCCGCCAGUUCGCUGCUGUUCACACCCAUGAGUGCCGCAGUGGUCGGGGGUGAUGACUGUGUCCUGGGACAUGCAGGCGUGGUGUUCCGAGCCGAGCGAGGGCUGAUUGUGGAUGGCAAGGUGCUGGGCAACAGUGUGCCGGUUCCUGGCGCCUCCGUCUCCAUCUAUAAUGCCCAAGGCCAGCUCAUUGCUACACAGGUCACAGACCAAGAGGGUCACUACAUGUUUGGACCACUCAGUGCCAAUACUAACUAUAAUGUGACAGCAGAGAAGGAGGGAUAUGUGCUGACUGGGCCCAAUAGCAAGGGAGAGUUCAGUGCUCACAAGCUGGCUGAAGUCAUCGUUACUGUCAAGGAUAAGGCGGAUGGGCAACCCCUACAGGGGGUUUUAUUGUCACUGUCGGGAGGUGAGAACUAUCGGCGCAACAGCCAGACAGCAGCUGAUGGCACCAUGGCAUUCCUGUCUCUUAGCCCCAGUGAGUACUACCUGCGACCGAUGAUGAAGGAGUACAAGUUUGACCCACCAUCCAAAAUGAUCGCUGUUCAAGAGGGAGCUACAGUACAAGUAUUGUUAAGUGGUGAGCGUGUAGCAUACAGUGUGCUCGGCAGCGUCACCUCACUCAGUGGAGACCCUGAGCCAGGGGUGGUUGUGGAGGCGGUAGGAUUGGGGGCACCACAGUGUAGCCAACUGCAGGAGGAGAGCUCCUCUGAGGUCAACGGUCAGUUCCGUAUCCGGGGUCUUCAACCACAGUGUGAGUAUUCCGUCCGAGUAAAACAAGGAUCUCAAAUUAACCAGCACAUUCAACGCUCAACUCCUGAGGGAAUCUUAGUUAAAGUGAACAAAGAAGAUGUACAGGGGUUAAACAUAAUUGUAUUCAGACCCAUCUCACGCACUGAUAUAACAGUAUAUGUGGUGGCUGAGAGUCCAGAAAAUCUGCGCAGUCUGCGGGUGAAGAUGUUCCGAGAUGACACUACGGUUCACUCGGUACGUUUGUCAUCGCUCAAGGCCACCCCAUCAUUCGCUCUCACUUCUACGGCACUCGUGUUCCCCCCAGUUCCAGCCGACGGUAGAGUCUACUCCAUCCAACUGGAGUCCAGCCUGUCACAGAAGACGCACAACUACAGGACUCACCCUGUAUACUUCAAGGCCAACUCGUCUUUCCAGCUGGUCCGUCUGAAUUUUGUGACGACGAGCCAGACCGGUGACAGUGAACUGUCGCACACAUCAUACCUCGCCCUACCGCUGGUGUUGAUAGCACUACUAGUGUUGUAUAACCGGGAGGCAGCCCAGGCCCUGCUCACCAGACUGCUGACUGCCACAGACAACACAAGCUACAGUCAGCUGGACGACUCCUCAGGAGAGGCUGUCACUGUGGAGCCUGUCAAACGUAAACUCAAGCAAAGAAAGACUUAGUCUACUAGUCAUUGUUGUGUUUAGGUUUAUUAAUUUGUGUCACAAACACUUUUGUACAUUGGUAUUUCAAUUAUUAAAUAAUUGUGUAAUAGAUCAAAACGGUUUUCCUAUAUUUAGUUGUUAGUUAUAAAAGCUAUGAUAUAUUAUUCAUAUUGUUGAGGUGUCUAAAAUAUUACAUGGUUUUAAAGAAAAGUUAAGAAUUAGUUAAUACAAAUAUUUCCCAAAAUUUUGAAUUUCAAUGUAAUUGUUGGCAUAAAUUAUGGUAUAAAAUACCCAUUUAAAAAUUCGUUUCCUAUAAAAUUUUGCUAAUGUAUCAGGAGGAACUUAAAACAUUUUCAAAACAUGAAUGAGAAAAAAUAACCAAAUAGUUAAAAAUGUGAAUAAAUAUUGUAUAUUUAAUUUAGUUUUUGGGAGGAAUCAAAUUAAUUAUGAAUUUACAAACCAACAAAAAUUAAAAGUUUUAUCAUUUAAUAUUGCAUAACUAUAUAUUAAAGCACAAAAAUAAUUGUAAUUCUUUUGAUCCUUCUCAGUACUUUUUUUAUUUCAAGUAAAGCCAAGCAGUAUUCAUAUAUAUUGACUUAAAUUCAGUAAUAAAUAAGGGAUAACAAGAGCAAUGUUUUAUUUCCAAAAACCAAAUCUAAAAAAUCUUUAAUAAAACUGUGGAAUUUAAAAAAUGUGAUUUAAAGCUGGCUAAACAAUUACUUUUACUUAAAACAAGCCAAAAUGUGAAAAUAAAUUUCUUAAUAUAAAUAUAGACAUAAUAGUUUAUACUUUUACUUUAUAUAAAAAGAACUACAUUGUACUAUUUAUACUAUAUUUUGUACUUGACAUUUAGGUUUCAUUUUGCUCAAUGUUCUGCCACUCUUUUUGUUUGUUGUUCUUGUACAUAAGGUUUUCUAACAAAAUUUGAGGACUGAGUUAUUAGUUACUCCAAUAGUUAUUUAUUUAUUAACUUUAAUUUCUUUAGGUUGAAUUAUGUGUGAAAACAGAAGCUAUUUGUGAAAGUUUUGAAGCAAAAGACUUGGUUAAGCUUCCUUGUUUCACUGAUCGCUGCAGCAACUAUAGAAAAAGGAGCUUUGUUGUAUAACAAUAUGCCCGACCAUCUCAAGAAAGAAGAUGGACAGCGCUUCAGUAGAAAACUGACAACAUAACUAAGUCCACUGGAAGACGAACUUUUCUACAUGGAGAAAGAUUUGUUGAGAGAUGCCUUGACUAAAGAAGACUUGAAGAAUAAUUUACAAACACUGACUAUUACACAUUUUCUUGUAACAUAAACACAUAUUUUGAAUAUUGUUCUAUUCUUCUUAAAUAUGUACAAUAAAGAAUCUGUAUCUGAAAUUGAAAAUAUUUAGAAUUGAGAUAUUACAGAAAACCAAUCUUAUUGUUUAAA